CACCUCUCGCCCUCUUCCAUUAGGACGGGGACGCAACUCGGUCCCCUUCCCCUGGGUGCGUAUGUCCACCACCGCUUCUGACUUGGUGAGAGUCAUUUCCCAGCGGCUGCCAUAUACAACCAGAGAGCAGGAAUUUUCUCCUCAUUUUGGCCACUAAAUGCCUCUGUGCACCACACGUCCCAGUGGGGGAAGAAGGGCGGAGCUUCCUGGAUGACCAUGGACAUUCCACUGGCCAGGAUGAGGGCAGAGUGUGUGACAUCAACACCACAAGGGUGCGGCGUGAACCGCGUGUCCCUGCCCAGCCGGCCCGCUGCCUCCUGUUCCCACCAUGGUGUUUGGUGAGUUCUUCCAUCGCCCUGGACAAGACGCGGAGCUGGUCAACUUGAACGUGGGGGGCUUUAAGCAGUCGGUUGACCAAAGCACCCUCCUGCGCUUCCCGCACACCCGGCUGGGCCGGCUGCUGGCCUGCCGCUCGGAGGAGGCCAUCCUGGAGCUGUGUGACGACUACAGCGUGGCCGACAGGGAGUACUACUUCGACCGGAACCCCUGCUUGUUCAGGUACGUGCUCAACUUCUACUACACGGGGAAGCUGCACGUCAUGGAGGAGCUGUGCGUGUUCUCCUUCUGCCAGGAGAUCGAGUACUGGGGCAUCAACGAGCUGUUCCUGGACUCCUGCUGCAGCAGCCGCUACCAGGAACGCAAGGAGGACAGCCACGACAAGGACUGGGACCAGAGGAGCAACGACCUCAGCUCCGACUCCUCCUCGCGGGAGUCGUCCCUGUCCGAGAAGGAGCUGGAGAAGUUUGACAGGCUGCGCUUUGGGCAGCUGCGGAAGAAGAUCUGGGUCCGAAUGGAGAACCCCGCCUCCUGCCUGUCUGCCAAGCUCAUCGCCAUCUCCUCCUUGAGCGUGGUGCUGGCCUCCAUCGUGGCCAUGUGUGUCCACAGCAUGUCGGAGUUCCAGAACAAGGACGGAAAGGUGGACGACCCUGUCCUCGAGGGGGUGGAGGUCGUGUGCAUCGCUUGGUUCACCAGCGAGCUGGCCAUCCGGCUGGUGGCUGCUCCCUGUCAGAAGAAAUUCUGGAAAAACCCUCUGAACAUAAUCGACUUUGUCUCCAUUCUGCCCUUCUACGCCACGCUGGCUAUAGACACCAAGCAGGACGAGAGCGAGGGCAUCGAGAACAUGGGCAAGGUGGUCCAGAUUCUCAGGCUUAUGAGGAUUUUCCGGAUCCUCAAGCUUGCCCGGCACUCAGUCGGGCUUCGGUCUCUGGGUGCCACGCUGAGGCACAGCUACCAUGAAGUGGGACUGCUGCUUCUCUUCCUGUCUGUGGGCAUUUCCAUCUUUUCUGUGCUCAUCUACUCUGUGGAGAAAGAUGACGACACGUCCAGUCUCACCAGCAUCCCCAUCUGCUGGUGGUGGGCCACCAUCAGCAUGACAACUGUGGGCUAUGGAGACACCCACCCCGUCACCUUGGCUGGGAAGCUCAUCGCCAGCACAUGCAUCAUCUGUGGCAUCUUGGUGGUGGCCCUUCCCAUCACCAUCAUCUUCAACAAGUUUUCCAAGUGCUACCAGAAGCAAAAGGACGUUGACGUGGACCAGUGCAGUGAGGACCCACCAGAGAAGAGUCAUGAACUCCCUUACUUUAACAUUAGGGAUAUUUAUGCACAGCGGAUGCACGCCUUCCUGACCAGUCUACCUGCGGUGGGGAUUGUGGUGGGUGAUCCUGAUUCCACAGACGCCUCAAGCAUCGAAGACAAUGAGGACAUUUAUAACACACCAUCCUUGGAGAAUUGCACAGCUAAAUGAGCAGGGACAUGUGUGCCUGUAUCUUGUGUCCCUUCCCAAUGAUAGGUUAACAGCUUUAUAAACCUCAAUGGGUUCAUUAAAAUCAUUUAAUUCUCAGGGUGUACCUUUCAGCCAUAGUUGGACAUUCAUUAAUCUGAAAUGAUAGAAUUGUCUUUAUUUUUCUCAGUGAAGUGAAUUAAAUGCUUUGUCUGAAAUUUAUUUUUACAAGAGGGAGUUGUGAUAUGAUUUUGGAAAUAAAAAAAAGAUAAAUGGUAUCGGGUGGGAUUUGUUGCUACGGCUUAUGUAUCAUUCUGUAUUUGUCAUUUACUCACAUUGAGCUAACUGUCAAUUACUGACAAGUAGAAUCAAAGGCCCAGCUGAUCGAAGGCUACAUGCAUGUAAGAUCCACAACAUGAGACAAUGCAUGUAAAUCCAUGUUCACAUUCUAGACAUGGAAAUUAGGAGCCUAAUAAACUGCCUAAUUCAGUA